AUGCCGCAUCUCUCCCUCUUACCUAUAAUCCCUUCUGUUGCUGCACUAUCGCGGGCCUUCCUUACAUGGGGGUGCAAGAGUGUGCGUGUUCUUGGCACAGAUCAAUUCUUGCAUAUUUUGACAGAUCCAAAGCGUGCAGAGGAAGGUCGUGGAAUUGUGACGUAUGCGAAUCAUAUUUCCGUGCUGGAUGAGCCGAUCAUGUGGGGUGCAUUGCCGAGCUCGUACUUUUGGGACCGUCGCACAGUGCGUUGGAGCUUAGGCGCAAGUGAUAUUAUUUUUAAGAACGAGCUGUAUCGCUGGUUCUUUCGGCAAGGACAGACGUUGGAAGUGUUCCGUGACCGAGGUAUUUACCAAGAUGCCAUCAACCAAGCCAUCCAGCAUAUAGGACGUGGUGCCUGGAUCCAUAUUUUCCCAGAAGGUAAAGUGAAUCUCACGCGCUCGACAUACAUGCGGCGCUUCAAAUGGGGCAUUUCGCGCCUCAUUCUUGAGGCGCCGAUCUGUCCGUAUGUCGUGCCUGUCUGGCUCAUGGGUUUUGAUCAGAUCAUGCCGCAUCCCCGUGCACCACCUCGCUGGGUCCCUCGCACUGGUGCGGAUAUCUGUGUGGUAUUUGGUGAUCCUAUUGAUGUCGAUGCAUACAGACAAACAUAUUUCGAAUGGGCGUCGAUGCACCAUGCCUCGGGACUCACGAUACAGAGGAGUUCUUCUUCUUCUCCCGCUCUGGGCGAGUCGGUGCUUGACACACUAUUGGCAUUGAGGCUGCCACGCGUCGAUAUUCAUACACCGCCACAUCAUAUCUACACAUACGAUACGUGGCGCUCCGUGCAACUGGCGCCAGAGGACCAUCCUGCGUAUGCAAUGAUCCGCAGCCACCUCGCAGCCUACUUGCGCACGAACCUCGCUCAUGUCGGUCUACAGACGCGCCUCACACUUGGGUAUGGGCCCGGUGAAGGUUUGCUUGCACACCGCCCCAAUGACGUUCACGUCUAG